AGUUUCUCAGACCCAUCUUCUCGGUGCGAAUGGCUCCGCCCUCUUUGGGGCUUGCAUUAAUUUGGACACGUUAGCCAUAAAUUGAGGGUGUCUAAUAUAUUGCCAGAAAUCCUCAUGAGUGUUUUUAAAUGUGGCUGCUUUUUCCAGCGGGUGUAACUAAUUCUCAUAUACUUUCCAUUCCUCACCAUGGAGAAGGGAUACCAUAACAUCUGGCCUCUUUUGGCUCUCUUUUAAGAUUCUGCCUAUUUUACAUCAGGCAUUUUAAAAACCACUACAGGAAGUGGUGAGACUCCCCCCUCCAACUCCCCAGUUAAGCUGAGUCCCAGUCUCUUCUGCUUAUAUUAACUGCCACAGCUGGAAGGUGUCUACCUUUGUGUGUUGCCUCUUCAACUACAGUUAUGCCGGGCCCUACUCCCAGUGGUACGAACGUGGGCGCCUCAGGCCGGUCUCCCAGCAAAGCUGUGGCUGCCCGAACCGCGGGAUCCACAGUCAGGCAAAGGAAAAAUGCCAGCUGUGGGACAAGGAGUGCUGGCCGUACUACUUCAGCAGGCACAGGCGGGAUGUGGAGGUUCUACACUGAAGAUUCCCCUGGGCUCAAAGUUGGUCCUGUUCCAGUAUUGGUAAUGAGUCUUCUGUUCAUUGCUUCAGUAUUUAUGUUGCAUAUUUGGGGCAAGUACACACGUUCAUAGACUCAGCUGCAUCCAUCUUUCUGUCAACAAUUAUAUUCUGGACCAAAAGCUUGGUGGACUUUAUAUGCAUGGAGAGAGAAGUUUUUUCAAAGCUUACUGUUUUAUAAGGAAUUAAAAUAUAUACGUUGAUUUUUCAACACCUUUAAAAAUUUGUCUAUUUAAAAUUCCUUUGUAUUAAGUCUGUUUUCUGAAGCCCAUCUGUCACAAGUUUCAUAUGCCUAAAAGAUUUGCAGGUUAGGCAUAAUAAAAUGGCAUGUACAAAUGGAA